AUGCGGGCGGCGAGGAAUGCUCGAUUCGUCAUCUGCGGCGCCAUUAGCCAGUAUAAUGCAGCUAAACCGAGAGGCCCUUCAAGCUAUAUGAAUGUCAUUUCUCAACGUGUGACCAUGAAAGGAUUCAUUGUCUUCGACUACAUCAAACAAUACCCGGCAGCGCUAAAAGACCUAGCAAGUUGGUUAGCUCAGGGUAAGAUCCGGCGUAAAGAGUAUAUCAUCAAGGGUGGCAUCGAGGCUGCACCACAAGGGCUGGUAAGCCUCUAUGAAGGCGCAAAUACGGGGAAAAUGAUGGUGGAAGUUGUCCCCGAGUGCGAGUCUAUUGGAAAAGAAACCAAUGCAAAGCUGUGA